CUUCAGCUAGUGCUGCAGGAGGAGGAUUUGUUCGCGGAGAACGAGACUUUUUGGAUGUUUUCAAGAAAAGUGCGACUUCUACGUGGAGAGCGACGACUGGAAGUGCAUUAUUGCCCUUUGGUGCAUACAGUGCGCUUACGAAGAAAAGUAAAGAGCCCUUCAUCGCCAACGGCAUGGGUCUGGAGAUAGAAAAACCAGCACGGACAGCGGAAGCAGAGGCCGCCCUAGAAGCAUUGGCCCAAUUCGCUAACCUGAAGUCUACUGCUCGCCUAUGUCUGUUGCCGGAAGUCGCCCUAGUGCAGCUACACCAACUGCAGCAGAGAGCUCGCGAUGAGGGUGUAGGCUCGGAUGUGGAGAGUUCAGGAGGAGAAGUCGACGAUGAGGAUGAAAGCCCAUCAAACAGCAGCAAACUCAGGCUUCUCCCGACGACCACGAGGGCAGGAGCAGCUACCACCAAUACUACAACUACAGCGUCUCCAUCUCAAGAUGAUAGGCGGAGCCGGAAGAUGAACACGAGAAAAAAAACCUCACCCAAAAAACGACAGGAGGAUCCUUGCCGAAGUAUCAAGUCCAUGCUGCGCUAUAUCCUGAGACGCUGGGAGGCAGAUUUUGUGACCUGGUCUACGCGUCACGUGUUUGCUGCUGGAUUCCGCAAGAACACAGCGACGGAAAAGGCCAGACUAGACCUUUUAGAGACGCAGGAGACGCUGUCACAACGUCGAAAACAAGAGGAAUACCGGAAACACGAAAGACAGCUAGGAGAGCAGAUCAAAGAUGCAUUAGACUCUGCUCUUGCUGCUUAUCGACACUACAGCUUUUUCCGAAACACUUUGGACGUGUAUGCAGUGAAAAGCGAGGAUGAUGAAGGAGAGCAGGUUGGCGACUCCACUAUGAUAAAUCAAGAACAAGGAGAAGCGAACAAUGAAGGAGAAGGUGAACAAGAAGUACUAGAACUACAAGAACACGAAGAUUUCCUAGAAGAGGAAGACUACAUGGACAACAUGCAAGUUUGCGAAGAUGAAGAUGAGCGACAACGUCCUCCUGUCUUUCCUCCUCUCAGGUAUCAAUCUCCUGAUCAACGUCAGGGAGUUGUCACUGGGAUGGAGAUCGAUUCUAGUGAUGCCAACGUCAAGGAUCAAGUAGUAGACCUGAGUCCAGACGAAUAUCCGGCAAUCUCUGAUGCUGUGCGCAGCCAACUUCCAAGAACAGGUGCAGUUGCUACUGCCGUUGAAGGAAAGCUUCAACUUAAUAGCGGUCAAGCAGUAGAGCAGAAGUCCUCCAAGAUGGGUAGGAAAAAAGCCACAACUAGUCCCAACAAGAAACCUCCGACAAAACCUCCGACGAGAACUCCCAGUCCGACGAAGAUCAAUGCCUCACCAAUGAAGAGGAGUCCUCCAAGCUCAGGAGCAGCUGAGAGAAACUACUGCGCGAUUUGUGCAGAAAGUGACCUGAGCCUGGACGAAAUGGGCAUCACGCCUUGCGCCCACGUCUUUUGUAUGGUGUGUCUGAGCCAAAUGGUCGAGCAAAACCAGAAGUGCGCAAUUUGUCGACACCCACUCAAUGAGCAGGAUAUCUUGUCCUUGCGAGACGAGGUUGACCAGUUAACGCAGAGAACAAGUGCGGACCACGGAGGUCUAUUCCCUGGCAGUGUCUUAGCUGAGAAUGAGCGGGAACGUGCACAGAUUUUGAUGGAUCAUAAGAGGAUUUCGAUCUACGGCAAUGCUGGGAGACAGCGGUUUUCGUACCAGUUUUUGGCGCGCGAACGCUUGCUACAGGGGCUGGUGGAAAGCGCAGGCGCAAGACAGGAACACAAAGCGGGGAACCGUUUGCGGGCUCGAAUGUUUUUGAGCGAAAACGAGCGGAAGUUUAGCGGGACAGCUGCUUUGAAAAGUCGCAGGGAUGAAAUGAGAGCGGCCAUUGAGGCAGGUGAGAAUUUCCUGUCGGCGAAGAUGAAAUCGGAAGUCGAUCUAGAACAAGGUGACGGCAAUGAACAGGACGAGCAUCAGCAUCGCGCCAAAAAACAGAAAUUGAUGCCAAACGAAUGCAACAACGGAGGUGCUUCGUCAUCGACUCUGCUGGGUACGGGGGAUAAGGAGUUUGUAGAUCGAGGAUUGAGAAAUGUGCGGGGGGGCCAUCAAUCUCAACACCAGUUACACGCUCGUGGAAAUCCGAGAGACUUGCUAUCCCAGCUAGAUGCCGAUGAUGAUCUAACCUCAUGUACUGUUGUCGUAGAGCAGCAAGAAACUACAACAUGGAACGGAGGAACAAAGAUCAAUGUCGUGAGUUCAGGAGGACCAUCAGCAGCAUCAGGUAACAUGCCUAAGCCUAAUGCCUCAUCCACCGCUCGUUUCGGGCCUCCACGACCUUUGGCGAAGUUGCCUCCGGCUGCUGCGAACAUUGCACAACAACACGGAAGUAAAAUGGAGAAGCUGGCUGAACUUUUGGUGAAAAUCAAAACAGAGGAUCCUGAAGCAAAAAUCUUGGUCUAUUCUCAGUGGGAGUCGUUGAAGCGAAAAAUCGCGUUAGCUCUGCGUUGUCUCAGCACCGGUAGCACAACUACGUCUGCUUCUGCAAGAAGUACUGGGGGUGGAUCAGCAAAUCAUGCAAACGUUGUAAACAAACCUUGUACAGCGGCAACCUCCUCUACUUCUUCUACAACCAAACGUGUUCCAGGAAUCCACAGUGUUGCCUUUGGGGGCGGCGUGAAUCGUAAAGCACGUAUUCUACGACAAUUCGCCGACGUAGAGCCUGGAAAACGUAGUGCAGACGUGUUGAUUCUAUCCUUAGAGAUCGCUGCUUCAGGUCUGAACUUGCUUCUAGCGAACCAUGUCGUGUUCGUGCAUCCGCUCUCGUUGCCUUCACUCUCCGAAGUGCGCGCAGUGGAAGCACAAGCGAUUGGGCGGGUGCGUCGUCCGGGACAAGCAAGAGAAGCAGUUCACGUAUGGCGCUUAGCGACCUUAGACACCAUAGAGGAAGAUUUGGUGCGUGAAAGGGUGAAGAUCAGCUAAGCAGAUAUGCUCUUACCCUUUCCCUUGUUGUAGUUUUCUGGUUUUUUAAAAAACACUUUUUCAAUACUACAGCGCUUAUUCGGCGUGGCGCUUUUGAAUAGAUGCACCUCAGCAUUACCUGUUGAUGACUAUGUAGCUCAUUCCUACUUCGAGGAUCUUCUAGGUGCAGCUGCACAAGAGACCCUUAGCGAAGAUCAGUUUCAAGAACUUAGUUCUUGGUAAUGAGGCUGAAAAAGAUGUGAUACAGCAUAGAAACUCAGAAUAGGGCGCUGGUGCAACUUGUUAUUGCUCACACCUGUUCUUCUUCUUCAAUCAUCUUCAUCACUGGUGUUUCGUCAAGAGCGACCGCCAUCAGGUGAAGGGCGAAAAUAUUUGAGAGAGGUCAAAAAAAAAUGAAAGUGUACCAAAAAUUUACAGCAAGUAGAUCGCGGUAGAGUGAAUGAAGCAUCAAAAGCUGUUGAGGGCUGGUCUGUAUUCGUCAAAGUACAAAACAAAGCAAGUUUUGUUUAGGAGUGUCUCUUUGGGGCUAUAUUUUUGUUUUUCAAUGCGGACGAACACGAAUAUUUAAUUUGGUUCUUGCGGUCGCCUUGCUGAAGAUAUCUUAGCAAAUGCCACGUCUUCAUCUUGUCACAAGAUGAAGCCGUGGCAUUUAGUUGGUUGGCGCAUGCCACAGGAGAGUGCUUCAUCACGCGUUUUCGGGAGCUCUACUGAGCACAUGCUUGCCGUCUGUCUCUCCUGAGUGCCGUACUCGCCAGAGAGACGACCUCAUUUUUGAGAGCCCUAAAAAAUAGUCCGUGUGAUCAUUUGAGGGACGACCUACUUCUGUUUGACUCUGAGAGAAGCUAGUUCUGUUUUAUCAUUCGAGCGACCUUGAACUUGAAGAAGAUUCUGUCUACUGAGUCUGUUGAUCUAAUUCAUCUGGAACUGGAUAAAAUGUUUUACUUACCCCGCCCGUCUGAGUCUGAGCUAAUUCAUCUGGACCCCGGUAAAAUGUUUUACUUACCCCGUCCAUAAUUCUUUACACAGAGAAAAGAGGCUUUGAAUCCCCAAGUUUUACACUGUAGAAGAGGAUCUGGAUCUUAACCGCGUUUGCCUAGUUCUCGGCACAACUACAAGUAGAAGAUAUCUUCUAUUAUUUUGAAUUACACAACAGUAAAAAGAAAUUAGGUUUUAUUACGUGUUCGGUUUCGCAGGGAAGGAUAAGGAACAUCAACAUACUCAUAUACAAGAAUUGUAACUAAGUUUGGAUAUAAUAUAAGAUUCGACGAAGCUCGAAUUUUUAUGUGUGUAAGCGUUGGCACUUCCUUCUUGUAGGAGGUUCAGAAGUUUGGCGAAUCUUUUUACAUCAACACAGUUAGUGUCUCAACCAAGCAAGAUGGCUCGUCCACUUUCAAAAAAGUUUCUGCAACUCGUGGUUGCGAGUGCCUUCGUUGGCGCCGGGUACGGUGUCAAGCUGCAAUAUAUGCAGAAGGCUUCUGCGAAGGCCAUGGAAAGAACUUGUCAGGAAGUCUGGGACGAAGCGAUGGAGAAGGCAGCGGCAGGCGAGGACGGUGGUCCAGAUUCAACGGCUAAAACGAAAUCCAACUUCUUCAAGCUGGGCUUGUUAACAAAACGUGAAGAGGACUGGCCCCACACUGACCGUGGCCGUCUUCGCUCGUCGGAGUUGCGUCAGGACAGAUUCUGCGGGGCUUAUCUGCGCAAAUUUGAGCCGACGCGGGAAGUUAAGCAGAAGAGUGUCCAAGACGCGAAAUCAGCCCUUAUAGCUAGUAGAAGCGAGAAAGCACCAGACGAGAUGACAGAGUUAGGGGCUGCGUUCCGUCAGGUUUUGCGAAGAGAGUGCUGCAUCCACGAGCCAGACGAGGAUGAUCGACCUUCGCUAUGGCAGUCAGUGGCUCCGCCUGCGACGGAUUCUUCGGUCCAACCCGCUACGGGUCCAGGACGUACUCCUGUACUUACUGGCUCUCCGGCACCGGUUACAACAACGGGUUCUUCCGGUUCGGCUCCAGUGCGUCCCCCUGAUUCGCCUGCGACGGCUUCUACGCGUCCAGGUGGAUCGUUCGUUCGCCGCCGAUCCCCAACGCAUACUCCUGUACUUACUGGCUCUCCGGCACCGGUUACAACGGGAUCUUCCGGUUCGGCUCCAGUGGAUUCCCCUGGUUCGCCUGCGACGGAUUCUUCGGGCCAACCCCCUGCGCGUCCAGGAUCGCCGGCGGCCGUGAGUCCUGUACCGUCGGCGCCUCAACAGGGGACGUCGAAUGCAGCGGAUGCGUCGGCUGCUCCGGUACAAGGAGCGGGUGCGCAACCCAACAAGGGCAGCAAAGGUUGCUGCUGAAAAGGGCAGGAAAACGGCGAAUGAGUAUCGAUAUCUAGUAGUAUCAGAACGAAUUGUACUACAACUGAGUGUGACGCUGACGUCUACUAGAUGAUAACGUUUUUAAAAAAUGGAGACGGGUAUGGUUUAUUUUGCUUGUUUAUGGUUUUUCUUCGUCGUAAAUGGAAGCUUAGCUGAUGAAUGACGUUGAAGAUGCGUAAGUAGUUUUGAAAAAAUUCCCAUAUGAAGAUACGCAUGCGUUGUAUCCAUGGAUGUUGUUUAUAUCUUUUAUGUAUGGAGUUGGAGGAUCUUGAAACGGCGGGCAAGCACUAGCACUUCUUGUUAUUGAUGUGAAAGAUUGUAUCGCACAAAUCGAGUAAGAAGGACGAAUUUCCUGCUCUUUCGGAAAGACAUAACUAGAUCCACUUGUUUUAUGAUUCAACAAACUUCCGCUAUUGCUAUUUUCUUUGUGUACUUCUAUGAAAAAUAAUUGCAACAUUGGGCAAAGAUGAAAUAAUGCGAAAAAGGGCCACUGAGCAUUAAUACUUCGCUCUCAAAAGGAAAUAGCGUAUACGUUAGCGACGAUAAGAAUAACAAACAUGAUGGAGCAGCUAUUAGUUGCUCCAUCAGUUGCUCGCCUGAAGCGUAUUGCUAUAUGUAGCGCGUACAUCAAAGAGCUGACCAAUACGGGAGAAGUGUAAACCCUCCCUCUUGAAUCUGCUAAGAAUCGAAGGAACGCCUUAAGUGAGAUCUGUCGCGGUGUUGAGUUUAGGCGUGGGCCGUUACAGUUAACUUAAAACUUCUCCAGGUUGACGCCAUUAAUGCAGCUGAAUAAGCCGAAAGCAAAAAGGGAAAAACAGGAGAAGCGGCAAGGGAUAGCGCUAGUGGUAAUGGUAGCCGCGUACGAAACGAGCAGCGCGAUCUAAGCGGUUUCACAAGAUGAGGAAUUAACACAGAGUGGAAGUGCACCGAAGUAAUUAAUUAAAGCAAGAAACUCAAACUACUCACCUGCUGAGUAGUAGAAAAGUGAAAAAGGUUGAAAGACUGAAAUAAUUAAGGAAAGCAUUGACUGUUUCACCGAGUAAGAAAAGUAUUGAGUUACGAAAUAAAUGAACAACCAAGCAAGUAAAUACGGCCGUCCUGCAAUAAUUAAGUCAAAGUUUUCCAUGAGCGAAACAAACAAGUAAGUCGAGCAAAUUCAUAAAUUUCCCGUGUAAUAAAAGUCAAGUUUUCAAAUAAAGCAGUACUACAAAAUAAGAGGUAACCAGUCUAUAAUUAAAUAUUUUCCAACGUUCUCAUGGCCGAACAGAGUAGGAGGGGACGCAUGACGACAAGGGGAAGUCAGUCAUCUCUGUCCGGCUGAGCAAAGUACUCCGUUCGCCAUAACGAGAACGAGAGCCGAAAGGGAUAAGAGUAACAAAGUGGAGAGACUUGAGAAAGUAGGAGCGUGCCCAAAUAUGGCGCGGCUCCACUCAGUGACCUCCUACAAUGACACCACUGAAGUCAUAAACUGGCCAACUUUCGUGUGCAGGGCCGGCCUUUGAGUCAGGUGACAGAAUAGCAACCACCUACCUGGGAUAUUUUGCGAGUUGCUUAGUGUUCUCCAUAUCCCAGAGAUUUUCGGGCCUGGCUCUUUCACUGCUUCAGGUUUGCGCUUGCUUUUGGCGAAUGAUGUCGUUUUCGUGCAUCCGCUUUCGCUGCCGUCCCUUUCAGAGGUGCGCGCAGUGGAAGCACAAGCGAUUGGGCGGGUGCGUCGUCCGGGACAAGCAAGGGAAGCAGUUCACGCAUGGCGCUUAGCGAGUUUAGACCCCAUAGAGGGAGAAUUGGUGCGUGAAAGGGUGAAGAUCAACUAAGCAGAUAUGCUCUUACCCUUUCCCUUGUUGUAGUUUUCUGGUUUUUUAAAAAACACUUUUUCAAUACUACAGCGCUUAUUCGGCGUGGCGCUUUUGAAUAGAUGUACCUCAACAUUACCUGUUGAUGACUAUGUAGCUCAUUCCUACUUCUACUUCGAACUGCAUGUGCAGGUGCAAAGACCCUUAUUAACGAUGUUCCAAGAACUUAGUACUUGGUAAUGAGACUGAAAAAAAGGAAAGAAG